CACCAAUAAUAAAUCAAAACCCCUCUCUCUCCAUCAGACUUUUUUUUUUUUGUUUGGUGUUAUUGUCCAAAUUAAAGACGCCCCACUUAUAUAUAUUUUCUUUUCGUCGCAACACUUAUAUAUAUAUAUAUAUACAUGUCGAGUAAAGUAGCGACCUCGGCGGCAGUUGCGGCUGCGGUGGUGGUGAGAGAAUACAAUGAGGAGAGCGACAAAUGUAACGUGGAAGAGAUGGAACGAAAAUGUGAUGAAACCGGGAAUCAUCAUGGCAAACCGGUUAUGGUCUCUGAUCUAUUGGGCGAUCCGGUUCGUCGCGUUCGUCAUUUUCCCUCUCACACUAUGCUGGUAGCAGAGUACGGAGAUGGAAGAAAGAUGGUAGGAGUUGUAAGAGGAUGUGUUAAAACUGUGACUAGAGGCAGCAACUCUACCUUUGUCAAACUCGCUUAUGUUCUUGGUCUUCGUGUUUCACCUUCCCAUCGGAACUUAGGCAUAGGAACGAAAUUGGUGCGAGCACUUGAAGAAUGGUUCAAGCAACAAGGCGCAACCUACGCGUACAUGGCGACUGAUUAUACCAACGAGCCUUCCAUUAACUUGUUUACCAAGAAAUGUUCAUAUGUCAAAUUCCGUACACCGACAAUGCUGGUCCAACCGGUUCACGCCCAUACCAAACCAAUCGGUUCAGAUAUCACAAUCCUUCGGUUAACUCCCGAAACCGCCGAAUCAAUCUACACUCGAAUCUUCAAAGACUCAGAAUUCUUCCCUCGUGACAUCGAUGCAAUUUUAACCAGCCGCAACAGCUUGGGAACGUUUAUAGCCGUGCCAAAAGAAAAACACGUUACCAAAUCAAACCGCGAAGCUAAUUUUGCGAUAUUAAGCGUUUGGAGCACCAAAGAUGUAUUCAGGCUGCAAAUGAAAGGCGUCUCUCGGUUAACUCACGCGGUUUGCUCCGGUUUGAGAUUUAUCGAUUCUUGUAUGCCAUGGAUGAAAUUACCUUCGUUCCCUAACGUGUUCGACAAGUUUUGGGUUUAUUUCAUGUAUGGCAUGCACAUGGAAGGCAAAGACGGUCCACGUCUAAUGAGAAGUUUAUGCUCUUUUGUGCACAACAUUGGGAGAUACGACGGAGGAUGUGGAGCACUAGCGGCAGAGCUUAGCCCAUCAGACGCGGUGGCUUUGGCCGUACCUCAUUGGAAACGGCUUUCAUGGGCCCAAGAUCUCUGGUGUCUCAAGAAACUCUCUGGUGAACCUGAACCGUCCGAUUGGACUAGGUCGACAUCUUCUUCUUCCUCCUCCGUGAUUUUUGUUGAUCCUCGUGAUAUCUAAUCAAUGCUCCUAAAAGAUUUUAACUUUACAUAUUGUACAUAAAGAUGACAAUAAAAAAAAAAAAAAAAACAUUUAUGUGACUGGUUUACAUGUUUAAGACUGCUCUGAAGUUUUAGGUAUAAGAGAAUAUAGUGUAAGUACUCCUCUAUGGGCUUCUUUUCUUAUUCGCUGUUUUAUUGUCUUCAAUAGUUAUUGCUGUAUAAGGUUAAUCCUCUCUAUGGGCUUCCUUUCUCCACUUCAUAGGUAGUUUCCAUAGUUGUAUAACUUCAGUUUCGUUGGAUGGCUAUAAUUUCGUUUUAUCACUUCACUAGUUACUGCUGCUGUAUAUGAGAAUUAUCCUCUCUAUUCGGUGUAUAUAGCUUGUGAAUUUUUAUAAUUGUAGGAUUAGUUUAAUGAUUUUGUAUGUAACUGUAGUAACUUUCCAUGA